AUGAAUAACGGAAAAAAGAGACGUGACUCAGUGGCGACGGUUUAUAAGAAAACGACAAAAUUUUUGUCGUCUAACACCACAAAUUUAUUGAAGAAAAUGCCUAAUACUAUUAAAUACCGCUUACUAGAUAGACUUAUGGAAGAAUAUGAUCAUGACUCGAACCUCAAACAAGAUGUUGCUAGAAAUCAAACAGACGAAGAAGAUGAUGAUAUUGGUGAGAGAGAUCUUGAUUAUUAUUUAGGAGUUCGGAAAAAAGAAGUGUACUGGAGGGACCCUGAAGGGAAAGAACAAAUUAGAAAAGACUUUUUCAUCAACCAUUGCGGAGUAUCAGAAGAAGAAUACUGUAAGAACUAUCAACAUAUCAACAACAUAUCAAAAGAGAGCAUCACACAGCCGAAGUUAAAACAAGUGCCUUUUAAAAUUCAUAAGAAAAGGAGUAAGAAAGAUAAUUUAAGAGAAGGUGAUUCUUGGUGCGAAAAGAGCGGAAUAUUUAAACUCUUUACGCGUAGAGAUAGCGAAUACUCUACUUCUGAUAGUUAUAGUGAAUACGAAUCUAAUGAGGAAAUUAAAGUCACAAAUGAUGAUAACGACAUUGAAUGUAAGCAUGAUCAAGGGAACACUAAUGACGCGACAGGAAAUUUCAAUUACUUGAACAUUUACACAAGUUUGAACGGUGUUUUAAUAUUAGAGGAUUCAGAGGGUGUUCGCAUCAAAGAAGUCUCUGAAGGAAGGCCUUGUGACAACUGUCCAGAACUAUGCCCUGGUUUCAUUCCACAUGCUUGGAGAAGGAGGAAAACUAAUAAUAAUAACAAUGCCCGCGCUCACGCAAAUUGUCCCAGCUGUGCUAAGAUCGCUCAAGAAGAAAACAAUAGGUGA